AUGCCUAAAGAAAGCAACCGCGUGAUAUUUCCGACAGAAGGUUGGACCAACAGCCUGGAGGUGGAACACGUGGGCGCCGACCAGUUUGGCAACGGCCUGGUUUAUGAUACGCGGUUGAAUGGCUCGCCGCUGGUGCGCCUCAUUUACGACGCGCGGGACAUGGAGAUUACGGUGCGAUGCCUGCGCUGCGAACAGCAAUCGCAAGCGUUCGGCAGGUUCCAGGCCCACCCGAUGAUUGGCAUCGUCAGCAUUAAUGCCACCGCAUUGCUGGUGCCAAUGAACACGCCCAGAAUCAUGCGGCACUUGGCGCAGAUUCAUGAUGAAACCCUGGACGACAUUGACGAUGUGGACUUUUACAAUUAUGAGAGGGUGAAUUACGAUUACAUCAUCGUUGGCGGCGGUUCCGCCGGAUGCACGCUGGCGUCCCGGCUGACCGAGGAUGCCGACGUUUCCGUGCUACUGCUGGAAGCCGGCCCGGAUUAUCCGGAUUUCGAGCAACUCCCCAUUGAUCUCAAAAACGGCAACAACGAGGAGCCGAUCAUCAUUCCAAGGGGCAAGGCGAUGGGCGGUUCCAGCAGCAUCAACGGGCAGGUAUUGUUCAGGGGAGUGCCGGAGGACUACGACAACUGGGCGAUUUGGGGCAACGACGAGUGGUCGUUUACCAAGGUGUUGCCCUACUUCCGCCGGCUGGAAAACGACCUGGAUUUUGGAGGGGACGAUUUUCACGGCAACAGCGGCCCCAUACCGGUGCGGCGUUACAAGCGAGAGGAAUGGCUGCCGGUGGCAGAGGCGUUUUACGAUUCGUGCCGAGAGUUGGGAUUUCCGGAAGACCCGGACCAGAAUCACCCGGAUUCCAACGGCGUGGCAGCGCGUCCGCUGAAUAACAUCGACGGAGUGCGGAUGAGCACAUCGCUAACCUACCUAUCGAUGUCGCGUCACCGCCUUAAUCUGACGGUGCGAGGUAGCGUGGUGGUGCGGCGCAUUCUGUUUGAGGGCAAGAAAGCGAUCGGUGUGGAAGCGGAAAGCAACGGAGAAAGUUUCACGAUAUUCGGUGACCAGAUUAUCCUCAGCGGCGGUGCGAUAGCAUCUCCGCAAAUCCUGAUGCUUUCCGGAGUGGGCCCGGCCGACCAUUUGCGGGAGAUGGGGAUACCGUUGGUUCACGAAUCUCCGGGCGUCGGCGAAAACCUGCGAGACCAUCCGGCGGUGUUCAGCCUGUUUCGGGGCGUUGGCGAUCCGCCUGAUCUCGAAGCGCCAAGCAUCCAGGUGGGACUGCGUUUCAGUCCGCCGGGGACGGGCACAAGGGGCGAUAUUCAGCUGGCGCCCAUUCUGAUGACCAGCGAGCACCGGCCGGCCAGCGUUCAGAUUGAUUCGGACGAUUUCCACUUUGGGUUUAGCGCGGCGCUGCAAAACGCCACGACCGCCGGCCGCUUGCGCCUGGCAUCCGACGACCCGCACGUGCAGCCCGAAUUAUUCUACGACUACCUGUCUGACCCGGUUGACCGGCAGCGGUUGCGGGCGGCGGUGCGGCUUGGUCUGGAAAUCGCAGAGCAGCCCGGGUUCCGGGAGUUUGUGGCCGAGCGGUUGUCCCCCACCGACCAAGAUUUGGCUUCGGAAGCGGCGCUGGAUCAGUGGCUGCUACGCAACGCGUACACGCAACACCACUCGUCGGGCACCUGCAAAAUGGGCCCUGGUUCAGACCUGGAUGCGGUGGUUGACCAGUAUUGCCGGGUCUACGGCAUGGAAAACCUGCGGGUUGUGGAUGCUUCGGUGAUGCCGGAUGUGAUUCGCGCUAAUACCAACGCUACGACCAUUAUGAUUGCCGAGCGGGUGGCUGAAUUCAUCAGGGAAGGCAAGGGACAACCCGGUGAUAAAAUUGAAACGCAAUGCGCUCCGGUAAUCCCGGCUCCACGAAUAGCCGAGGCCUCACGACCAUCCACGGUCGUGGAAUCUGAAACAAAGAAGGACAGCGAAAAAAUGACCACCAACAGCACGCGAAUCGAACGUGAUUCCAUGGGCGAAAUGCAGGUUCCGGCUGAUGCGCUCUACGGCGCAUCAACGAUGCGAGCCGUGCUCAAUUUCCCCAUCAGCGACCUGCGAUUCCCCCGGCAAUUCAUCAGGGCGCUGGGUCUGAUCAAGAUGGCGGCGGCGCAGACGUACAUGGACAUGGGCAUCAUGGACAGGGCGAUUGGCGAUGCCAUUGUGGCGGCGGCGCAGGAAGUGAUCGACGGCAAACACGACGACCAUUUCGUGCUGGAUAUUUUUCAGACCGGGUCCGGCACUUCCACCAAUACCAACGCGAAUGAGGUGAUAGCGAACCGAGCUUCGCAGAUCAUGGGAGGCGACCUGGGGUCGCGUUUGGUGCAUCCCAACGACAAUGUGAAUCUGGGGCAGUCAUCCAACGACGUCGUACCGACGGCUAUUCAUCUGGCGGCGCUUUUGGGUUUCAAGGAAGAUCUGUUGCCGGCUCUGGAACGGUUGCGGGUGGCGUUGCAAGCCAAAUCCGACGAGUUCUGGCCGAUCGUGAAAACCGGACGGACCCACCUGCAGGAUGCGACUCCGGUGCGACUGGGUCAGGAAUUCAGCGGGUACGCCGGCCAGGCCAGCUAUAGCAUCACCCGAGUGAAGCGUGCCCAGGAUGCGCUGGCGGAGGUGGCUCUAGGUGGGACCGCGGUUGGAACCGGCGUCAAUACGCACCCGGAGUUCUCGGCCCGUACCUGCGCCCGUCUGAGUGAGAUGACUGGUGUGGACAUCAGGGAAACCGGCAACCACUUCCAGGCGCAGGCUUCGCUGGACGGCAUUGUGGAAGCCAGCGGUCAACUGAAGACGGUGGCCAUAAGCCUGCAUAAAAUCGCCAACGACAUUCGGUUUCUGGGCUGCGGGCCCAGGGCCGGCCUGGGCGAGAUAAACCUGCCCGAAGUUCAACCGGGCAGCAGCAUCAUGCCGGGCAAGGUGAACCCGGUGAUUGCCGAGUCGGUGAUACAGGUGGCGGCCCAUGUGGUGGGGAACGAUGCCACCGUUGCCCUGGCGGGGGCGGGCGGCUACUUUGAGUUGAACACGAUGAUGCCGGUGGCGGCGUACAACCUGCUGCAAUCAGUGGCGUUGCUGGCGGCGUCGGCGCGCAACUUCGCCGACCAGUGCGUGGCGGGCAUCACAGCAACCGACACUGGCCCGACAAUGGUUGAGAGGGGCUUGAUGCUGGGCACGGCGCUGGCUCCGUCAAUCGGGUACGACGCGGCGGCUGGGAUUGCCAAGAAAGCGGCGGAAACCGGCCAGACUAUUCGCGAUGUGGCUCGGCUCGACACUUCCCUGACCGAGGCAGAGCUGGACGCAUUGCUGAAUCCGGAAGAGAUGACCAAACCCAGCCUGGUAGUACGGGGCGGAGGCGGUUAG